GCCCAGAUUUUUAUUUGUGACAUUAAAAUAUUAUUGAAAUACACGUUUUAUCUUAUAUUGUUGAUCUGUGUUCUUGGCAUUCCUAUUUUAAUACUACUACCUACUCUAUGGAUUAUGAAACCACUCAUGUUAUUAAAAAAUCAUUAUGCCUUUUGGAGUGAUCUUUCUAGGAUGAGUACCAUCCAAAUAGAAUAUCUAGGGAGGAAAUUUGUUUAUACCUUCCAUUGUAGCAGUGCGGUGAUAUGAAGCAAUAUUUUGUAGGGGGGACACUGCAGUUAUCACAUCCUCUCCCCCCUCCACCUCUCCAGGUUAUAAGGUUGGAAUACAAAGGAGCAGAAUAAGCAAAUGCAACACUAAAUAUUCUUCUAGUAUUUCUCCAUUACAGUGCAUGCCAGUCUGUCAUUGUAGCCCAUCAAUAUCAUUCGCAGGUUCCCUUGCACUAAGGAUGGCAGACUGCGGCAUGUCAAAUUUGACAGCAUUCUUUCUUGUCCAAGCACAAAAAUAUUAGACUUUAAAUACAGUCCAUCUCAAAGGGGGUGAGGAGGGAUUAGGCAUAUUUCUGAGCUUUAGACUGAAGCUUUUACUAUCUAUGUAAUAAAACAAAUCUGCAUCUGUAUGUAUACGCUUUUUGGGGCAAAUGUGUUGCAUGUAUAGAUAAUUGUGGCUGGUGUAGCACUGAUUUUUUUGGGACUGGCUUAUACAAGGCAUAAUAAACCCACCCACUCACACACACACACACAUAUAUGCAAACGCACACACACACACACACACACACAUAUAAACACAUGCACAGGCACAGCUACAUAUGCUUUCAGGUUUAAUAUACACUGUAUGUUCAGAAAUCAAUUUUUGUCAGCCAGAUGACAAUCCAUAAUAAUGUCUUUCUUCAGCAAUGUACAGAAUACAUUUUUGAAUAGCUUCCUACUAAACUGGGUUUGGGUUUGGGUUGGGUUUUUGAAUUGCCUUUGAAUUGCUCUCUGGGAAAAAUGGUCUGAAGGGCAUUGCACUUGGUCAAAUGACAGAACACGUAGGUGCACAGUAUAGUCACUGCCCAUCAGCCAACACAAAUAUUUUUAUCAGAAUCAGCAGUAAAAAUAUAUCUUCCCCCUUUGUUUUGCCUUUAUCUUGCCCGGAUGCCUAGGCAGGCAUAGCAAGCUGUAACCCAAUCUACAUCCGCAAGAUGCAGGUGUGAAAGAUUUGACCUUGGGGGAGGUGUGUCCUAGUGUCUCUGAAAUCUUAUGAAUGAAAUUCCAGAGGAUUGUAUGUGUGUGUGCCUCUCUCGCUGUGUAUGUGUAUGUGUGUAUCUCCUCGUGUAUGCGUGUGUAUAUGGAACAAGGGAGGGAGACUAGUUGUUAUUCUGAUCACAGCUUCCCUGAUUCACAGACUUGGAGCUGAUCAUGAAUAUAAGUGAAGACUUUGACGUCAGAGUUGAGAUAUAUCAGCAGACCCAAUGGGGCAAGAAUAUUAAGUGCAAGUCAAUGCCAGCAAUCUGCCAACGUUAUUAGCAAUGUUAACCAAGGAAUGAAGCUUAAUCCCAAGGACUGGAAGGACUAGCACGAAAAAAGGGGGAAAGCUGAUCAGCAAGAAUCAAACAAAGCGAUGCUCCACAACCCCGCAGCAGCUGCGGCCGCCAUGGAGGAGCAGCUGCGGCAGCAGCAGCUCCGGGUCCUCCUCAAUGCCUCCUCCAGGCCCUUCCCCAGCAGCAGCCGCAGCAGCAUCUGGCCGUCCAACUCCUCUGCCUCGGAGCCGGUCACGGCGGCGGCGGCGGGAGGAGGCGAGGCGGCGGCAGGCGGAGGCGGAGCGGUCAGCCCCUGGGACAUCGCCCUGUGCGCCACGGGCACGGCGGUGGCCUGCGAGAACGCGCUGGUGCUGGCCGUGCUCUUCUACACGCCCAGCCUGCGCGCCCCCAUGUUCCUGCUCAUCGGCAGCCUGGCGCUGGCCGACCUGCUGGCCGGCUUGGGGCUCGUCGGCAACUUCACCGUGCAGUACCUGCUGCAGCCGCCCAACGCGGCCGUGGCGCUCAGCGCGGCCGGGCUGCUGCUGACCGCCUUCUCCGCCUCGGUCUGCAGCCUGCUGGCCAUCACCAUCGACCGCUACCUGUCGCUGUACAACGCGCUCACCUACCACACGGAGCGCACGCUGAGCUUCACCUGCGCCAUGCUGCUGCUCAUGUGGCUGCUGUGCCUCGGCGUGGGGCUGCUGCCGCUGCUGGGCUGGAACUGCCUGCGGGACCAGGCCACCUGCAGCGUGCUGCGGCCGGUGACCAAGGACAACGCGGCGGUGCUGGCGGUCACGUUCCUGCUGCUCUUCGCCCUCAUGCUGCAGCUCUACCUGCAGAUCUGCAGGAUCGCCUUCCGGCACGCCCAGCAGAUCGCCGUGCAGCACCAGUUCAUCGCCACGGCGCAGGCCACCUCCACCCGCAAGGGGCUCUCCACCCUCUCCUUCAUCCUGGGCACCUUCGCCCUCUGCUGGAUCCCCUUCGCCAUCUACUCGCUGGUGGCGGAUUCCAGCUACCCCGCCGUCUACACCUACUCCCUGGCCCUGCCCGCCACUUGUAACUCACUCAUCAACCCGGUCAUUUAUGCCUUCAGGAACCCGGACAUCCAGAAGUCCCUGUGGCUGGCCUGCUGCGGGUGCAUCCCUUCCACCUUCUCCUCCAGACCCAGGACAUCCAGUGAUGUAUAAGGGGGGGUUGGCCGCCCGGAUUGUCAAAUGGUUUCAUGCUCUCCUACUCCGCGUUGUUAUGAUGUAUUACCACCAGCAGGAGGAAUCCCAGACCGACGCGUCUCCUUCCCUGGAAAAAGAUGUCAACAAGAAAAAAAACCACAAGAGUGGUCUCCUUUAAAAAAUGCUUAUUUUCCUACACAUGUUAUUUAUUUUUAAUUUAAAAACAAAACAAAAAGACCAAAAAAAAAAAGAUCAGCUCCUGAUGCUUUUUCUCAUCUCGGUGUAAUGGAAAGGGGGAGCAGCACGUUUGCCAAACCUGUGGCCCGAAAAUGUUCAAGGGCCCGGGCAACUCUUUACUUACUUCUGAAGCCUCCUAGCGAGGGGCAGGCCGUUGGGAAGGUCCCGGUUAGGAACGGGGAAAGGCCUCGGGCCAGCUCUCCCUUCGCCCCACACCACUGAAGUCACUGGGGGUCACCCCAAGUCAAACUCCUGUCAAGUGCGGGGGAAAGUCAGGCCUGGGACGUGUUUAGAGCCCAGCGCAGCUCUGAUGCUGAGGGCUCAGGCAAGAUCUAGAAAAACGUGUACGAUAUUUGCUUGCUGUUAGUUUGGGUUUGUUUGGAAUGGUUAAAAAAAUGACCAAAUCCAGGCGGCUUCGCUGCCUGAAAGGUGGGUUAGGGGUUUUUAGUGGUGGUGGUGGUGAUUUUUUUAAAACUAUAAUCAGGUUUUGCUCUGCUAUGCAAUAAUAAAAGGGACAUUGUGAGAUGCGGUAACCUGCCAAUAUUUUUCAUGCCAGACCGGUUCAGCACCACGAGGUUUGGAUAGCUCCGUGGGCAGUGGUAGGAGGACAAGUGGCCUGUCUUACGAUUUUAUGUUUAUUUUUGUAAAAAAAAGCACAUGGAAGUCAAAGAUUUUCAUUGGCCCCUUUAAGCUGGGGAAAGGAAGUACGAUCCUGAGGCAGGAACAAAUGAGGGCCAUUCCCCUUCACUUGCUGUCCUAAACAAUUGUAUAGUGUUGCUAUGUGCUGUUCAGCUGCUGCAUUGCACCUCAGAGGUGGCUGCAUUUCAGUGGUGGGUGAAGUGAUGCCUGUAUAUUUAUAUCUCGUUUGUUUGUGAAGCACUUUGAGAACCUGCAGGAUGAAAGGCACUUUAAGGUAUGAUUAUUGUUUAUUAUUAUAAUGUGAGAGUCAAGAGAACUCCUUGCUGAAAGAUAUGCUUACGGCGCAUCAUCAAAUCUAAAGGUGGGAGGAAAGGACCUUUUAGGUUAUCUAGUUAAUCCCCCUGCCAGGGCGAUGAAAGCAGUGGAAGAAAGUCAGAGAUGAGGUUUUCUUGACAUCGGAACCUAGGUUAAUCUUUCACUUAUUCCAGUGCAGGUAUAACACAUUGUCUUUAGCAGUAUUGUUAAUAUAGUAUGCUGAUCUCUUAUACCGGGUGUGGGGUGGGGGUAUAUGAUCCAAAGAGUGAUAUUCUGAACGUGGUUGGUUCUUCUAAAGGGAAGCCUACAUCGUCACACGUCUUGUUCCCGAAACUACUAGAUUAACUUGCUUCAAUAGAGAAGCUACACUAGCCUCACGCUCCUCUACUCUAUCAUGUGCUUUGCGGUGUUAGUGAGAAAAUGAUGAAGUGUCCUUCAUCUUGUGCUUUAUUUUGGCCAAGAAGUGGACUAGUGCAUUCCUUUAAAACCAAAAUAACCUUCAGAGAUAGACAGGGACUCUGUUCUAUAGGUGAAAUGUCCACGGUUGCCUCUUGAGUGGGGGGUUUGUCUUACCGCCUAUUCUCUCAACGCACUGCGAGGAAAUUGCUGUGCUGUGAGAUCGAUGCUCCAAAUGCGUUAUCUCCCUUAGAAAGGAACCUGUGCUACAAACGUCAGAAAUCUCCCUCUUUCAAACAAUAGCUCAUCCCUGCAGUAUCAGUCGCAAACCUGGCCUAGGUUUAUAUUAUAUAAAAAACAACAAUAAAAGAGAGAACAUCGCAUGUAAAUAUUACAGUUCCAUGAAGGACAAAGUGUCCUCAUUUAUGUCUGAAUACAGGCGAACCAAUCUUUUAUCUAUGGAGCUGUGCAAUGAAGGUCUCUUUCUAGCUCAGCAAAGCUCAGUGCACAUGACAAAACUGUGAAUCUCAAAUGUGUGCAUUGGGCCUGGACUUCUUUCCUAGCUCCUAAAGGUGUCCCAGCUUUUCAGUUUUUUUACGAGGAGCAAUGUACAACAUGCACAAAGUCUAGUCAAUAUUUGUACAAUUUUAUUUAAGGUUUUUGCUGUUCAUUUAUUUAUUAUUCUGUUUCCAUGGUUGCAGACAACCUCCUGCAGUUCCUAAAUGUGAAAACUCAAUGCCGAGUUAAUUAAAAACAUUUUGAAAUAAUGUUUUUAUACGACUUGAUCUAGAGGGCAGGUAUUUUUGUUUCUCUGGGCAGCUUAUUUUGUAUUUUUAAAUCAAAUGUAGCAUUUAAACGUUCCCUCUAGGCACACAGCUAAAAUGAACAUCUUGCAUUUUCUUGGAUUUCCAGUUGAUUCCCUUUUAUCAAGGGUUUUGAUUUCAGAAUUUUCCUCAUAAGGAGUUUAAUGGUGUGAAUGAAAUUUACUCACUUUCCAGGGAUCUGUAGAUUAAAUAUCACAUAGGUGCAUAGCAAUCAAAGCAAAAUAAUGUUCUUUUAUGGCCCUCAAUGUCAGACACUCAGAGGAGGAGUGUUACAUUAGGAUGUGAUUAGCUAAAAUGAGGAAGUUACUGAUUAUAAACUGACAUGUAAAAGUCAGAGAUUAUAUGAGCAUGUCCUCUAAGAUACUGUUACCUGGCCAAAUCUCUUUCGGGUGUAACUCCAUUGAAAUCACUUGGCUAAAGUCAGAUGCUCACAUUAAAUAGUAUCUUACCCUGCUCCAGUGGUGCUAAUUAUGGAAUAGGUGAAUGGAAUUCAUUGUGCAAUUCCUUGAGAAUAAGGGUAUCGGGAUCUGGCCCAAUGAAACUACACCAGAGGUAAAUUUGGACCCAGGUCUUUUGGAGAAACAUUUUAAUCUAGUUCUUUCCUUGUGGUUGUCUCAGAGAAGCAACAAGAGAUGUUCAAAAAGUGCUAAGUAUGUUUCAUGAAGAAUUUCUAAAACUCUUAAUUUGAAAAUUCACAGAAAAAUUGAAGCUUUUCAAAUUGACAGUUUUCAAUUUUUGAAUUAAAAAAAUCAGGUUUGGGUUUUGUUUUGUUUUUGCCUUUUCACUCCGUUUUUCCUUUCUCCCUCCCUGACCCCACCUUUAUCAGAAAAACGAGGGAAGGACAGGAAAAAGAAGGAUAGAAAAGGGAAAAAACCUGAAGUCCCCCCUCCAAGUUUGUUUUUAAUUGAGUUGUGGAAAUAUCAGAACAUUUCUUCAAAAAUGUGCAGUAUGAAAAUAGUCCAUUUUUGUUGGAAAAAGUUUUAAACUAAAAAUUUUGACCAGCUCGACAUUGCAGCACUCUCUCUUUGUCAAUAUUUAUUAAGGAGAGCUAGGUUAAUUAUUGGAAAUAUUUACCAAGUUAGUAAAGCUGUAUGCAAGAUGAUAACACACUGAUGUUCUAUUGUCUUUCAAAGCUGAGUCCAUGGAAUGCAUUGCUACAAAACACUUGGCGUGAUUCUGUUCACUCUCACACCAAUGUAAAUCAGGAAGAAGUCCACUGAAGUCAGUAGAGUUACACCACUGUAGAAUAUCUGGUGGAAGAGGAAUAUGAGAUAGAUAGGGCCUGAUAUAUCAGGGGAUGCUUUGCAGCACUCUAAUGAUGCCAAGCAGUUGUAAACACAGUUUAACUAGUCAGCUGAGCCAAACUUACAGCUGCUUUGCAUUAUGGGAGUUGCACAAAGCAGUUGGAGUGCACUGGGGAAUGUGGGCCAUUGCUUAUUGGCAAGAAUCCUCCUGUUGGAUUAGGUCCGAUAAAGAAACCAAAACUGACACAAGCUGUUUGAAAUGCUGAGGUAUUGAAGUGAGUCUGCUUUAAUUAUUGUCAUAUUAAUAAGAGAUACAAGUAGGUAACAGUAGCUUUACAGAGCAUAAAGGGCAGAUCCUCAGUUGGUGGGAACUGGCAUAAAUCCUUUGACUUCAGCAGACCUAAACUGAUUCACACCAUCUGAAGAUCUGACGUACUUUGGAGGAACCGCUCAGUAUGUAGUCAAGGUUAUUUAUCCACUAAACAUAUAGUAACAGUGAUCUUCAGCAUCUUUGCAUAUCCGUGAGAACAUACUGCAGACCUAUACCUAUUAAGGUCAAAUGAUUAAUAUCAGGAAAGUUUUGAUUUCUCCAUAGGACCAAAUCCUUGCUUCCCCAUUCCCACCUUAUUGAGUAGCACAUGGAUUUUGUUUGACUGUUGUUUAGGUUGCCACCUUGUUCAGAGUGAACUAAUUCAGCUUUAGACAGAUGAACUGUGCAUCAUUGAAACAAUUGGUGAAAAUGACCCCUCAUCAUUCCCUCUUGCGAUGGGGUGACUGACUUACCUACCAAAGAUCACUGAUGAGCAGGAGCCCCUAUGCCUAUCUCUGUAGCAGAGCCGGCUGCCUUUUGGAAUAAGAAAAAGAACAAUGCCAGCAAACCCAAGUGCAGGUAGGAAAUCGUGGGCAACAUACAGAAUCAGGGACAUGCCAUAGCCAGGUUCUAUGCCCUGGCCCUAUUUCCUCCACCCCCGCUGCUGCUGCAUAUUGCUGCCCUCUGCAUGGAUGAAAUCUUUCAGUGUGGGGAGUCAACACUACUCAGAUCAGCACUAACCUGUGUAGCAUUUUACCAUGGAGUUUUGCUCCAUGUUUAUGAGUAGCAUGCCACACCCAGCAGCCACUUCCCCAGCACCAGCCUCUCCCAAGCUGUGAAGCCCCAAACCCAUGGUUGCCUCAUGUGGAGCUAUUGCUCCUCCCUUCACUUAUCAUCAUCACCAUGGCAAAUCCCAAAGGGACAUAGUCUUCUUGCAGAUCAAGUGCCAUCUGUAUUGAUCUUCCCUUUGUCGCCCCAGCCCAGUUCCAGCAGCUUCCUCUCCUUUCACCACUGUAAGUGGCAGAGUGGAUCUGGCCCCAGUGUCUUUCACUGAGACACGCUUGAUCCUCAGUCAUUGCUCCCCCUUGGAAUGCAAGGUUCUCACAUGCAAGCAAAAGGCUUUUGACUGACAAUGAAGUGCCAGAUCCUGAUCUUAGUUACACCAAUAAAACUCCCGGUGACUUCAGUGGAGUUAGUCCAGAUUUACACCAGUGCAAGCCAGCGAAGAAUUUGGCCUCAAGCAAUUGCACAAAAUAUUUAACACCACCAAAACCCACCCCCAGUGUUCUUUCAGAGUGACCAGAGAAACAUGAAUCUGCUUUUUAGUUUUUUCACAUCCGGGUGUCUUGUUUGCCUUUUCUUUCCUACCACAUGUUUGAUAGCUAGCAGCAUAGUUGUAGGAAGCACUUAUUAAGUUGCUCUUUGUUGGGUUUUUUGAGAGGUAGGUAGGUAGGUAGCUAGGUGGGUGGGUGGUUGGGAGGGGAGGUGGAAGUGAAGGAGAGGGGAAGGGAAAAUAUUCCUUAGAUACACACAAUAUUUGAAAAGCUUGGGAGCACAGCUAAAAGGGACAUUGUCACAAGCCAAAUGGGGGCACCUGCAUUGAACUUAAUGGAUCUGGUCUCAUAUGUUUAAAAAUAUGUCUUUAUCAGUGUUACUACCCAUACCUUAGAUUGUUGACAUUUU